CAGGAGCAUACCAGGUCAAACACGCGAGCGAUCACAACACAACGAGACACAGCCAUGUUGGACGCGCCGAACACAACGAAAUUCUCAAUCGAGAACCUCAUGAAGCCGUCGGAAGCUCCGAAACGAUUCAACCUUAGUCCUGAGCCGUAUCUACCGUACCCUGGUGCGGGAACGCGACUGUAUCCCAUCCCUGCACCCGUGAUGUCCGCGGCAAUCGGCGACCAUAGGACCUACCAGGCGCGUUACGGUGGUAUGAUCGCACCAGUCCCUACCUCGCAGAAUCUCACGACUCUUCAAUCUGCAGCACCUAUUCAACCUUCCGAAUUGAAUCUCAAACGUAAAUUGCAUGAGGAGGAGCCGCAAAGAACGUCAGAUUUCCCAUCGAAUACUCAGGGAUCACAACCAGAUUUCCGGGACCAGAUUUUACGUGAACACAGGGAACAACUUAUUCAUGAGGACAAUGCCAGAAUUUCUCAGCACUGGGGUCAAGAUUCACAUAGCAGGGACGUAGACUCAAACUCUCAGGAAUACAGGCAGCAGACUUCUCAACACAGUGGUCGAAUUUCACCCGAACAUGAACGGGUUCCUCAUCAGUAUGACCAGUUUCCUCACCAGCACCGCGACCAAAUUCCAGUUGAAUUCGGAGGCCAAAUACCUCAUCACAGGGAUAUUGUGCACCACGAACAAAAGGAUCAAACUCCAUACGAACACAGGGAGAUAGUAACUCCCGAAAACAGAGACAAUUUCUACCAGGAACGCAAAGAGCAAACGCAAUCCUUGCCAUCUGGUGCUGAUGGACGCCACCCCGAUUCUCGGCCAAUUUCACCAGCAGCCUCAGAAACUCCCUCAGAUGGCAACGGAGAAGAUGGACAAAGACGAAAGAAAUCGCGCACAUCGUUUUCUGCUGAACAGAUAGCUGAGUUAGAGCGAAGGUUUAGGACGACGAAAUACUUAGCUCCAAGUGACCGGGGAGAUUUGGCCGAGAAACUGGGACUGUCUGACCAACAGGUCAAAACCUGGUUCCAGAACAGACGUAUGAAGGACAAACGGUCCUGCCGCGACUCAACAGAGGUACCCACCAUGCCGCCAUACACCACCGCCCCCUAUACGACCGCUGUGCCAACUUGCAUCCCAUCUGGUUACUCCAUAGACAGUUCUAGUCCCUUGCCGACCGGAGUCCCAGUCGGUUACCCGUUUACCACGGCGCCACAAUUAUCCGGACCCUACUCCGAACACCAGAGAUUUUCAGCCGCAUCCAUGUACCCAGUAAAUAUGUCGUCACCGCGAAUUAUAACGCCACCUAUGGGAAGUCCAGGUCAACAGGGCGGUUCCCCACACCCAACGACGACCAGUUUACAACUGUUAUCUCACAUGAUCCCUCCGAUGACGGUAUCGUCUCCGUAUAUGCCGCGGUCGCCUUUUCCUAUGAUGCCAAUUUAAGGUAUCUGAAAGACGAUGUGAUAGACUUUGAAAUAUCGUUAUGGGACGCCAACUGACCAAGGCAGUCUCAACUAAUUACCGAGAAUCUCAAGGAGUGAAUACGGACUAAAAAGUUUGAUCCCAACCAGUGCUACGGUGACAACCGUUUUGAGGUAUUUGAGAAAUGUGACUUGGGUAUCAGACUUGGAUAAUUCGGAACAAUUAGAACUUUGAUAGAACGAACACACGGGAUAAUGACAAUUUUUUAAUAUCAUGGAUCUUAUAUUUUUAUCUUAAGAUGGAGUUAUUUUCCUAGUGUUUAUUGCUGAUCUCGUAUAUACACGCUUAUUUUAUGAUGUUUAAAUUUCGUACAUGUAGUGAACGAAGGAUAUCCACAGGAGAUUUUAGAGUUUUACAUGUCGACCGAUUGACGGGUUAAUAAUGGUGACAUCUAUUGUCAAUAAAUGGAAUGAAAUAUUUGUAUGUGAUUUCCUUCAGUAUACUAUAGUAAUAAUGCACUCAUUGUUGAGUGUUAAGGACAAAUAUGAUUAUAUGUAAACGAUGAACAAAACUCUCUAUUUAUCUAGUCAUUUCAUGAUUAAUGUAUAUAUAUAUUAUUAGAGAUUAUUUGUAGAUAUACAAUGUACUCAGGAAACAACGACUUUUUAGAAAUUGUAUAUUUUUGACGAAGUGAAUGAUCUGAGGUAAAAGAAAAUAA